CAUAAACAUAUAUAAAGUUGUUGUGACAGAACAAAAAUGAAGUGCGCUAAAAUCUUUGAUAGCAUUCGACCAGCCGCUAUCUUGCUGUUCCUUCAAUUCUCAAUCAACGGAAUAUCAGCUGAUCAGGAUAUUUGCAAAGGAGCGUUCGAUGUUUAUUUUGUAUUGGACAAAUCUUCAAGCCUGAUCAAAGGACCGAUAAAUCACUUCCGAAAUGAUGCAGUGCCAUUUGUUGAAAAAUUAUCUCGUAUGUUUGUCAGUCCUUUACUCAGGAUGUCAUACAUUACAUUUUCUGGAACUGCUAAGGUUGUGAUGCCGUUAACAAGUAACAGGUUACUUAUUGAACAAAAAUUGAACGAAUUGAAACGAACAAUCCCUGAUGGUCCAACAUUGAUGAAUCUUGGAAUACAAAAAGUUAACUAUCAGAUUAUGAGUGCAAAAGAUAAGAGAGCAAGUAUUAUUAUUGCACUAACUGAUGGACGACUGGAACGAGAAACAAAAGUGAAAGCUGUUGCAGAAGCGAACCGAGCUCGGUCGUUGGGAUCAACUGUAUUUGUAGUUGGUGUGAGUAAUUAUGAUGAACAACAACUAUUAGAUAUUGCUGGUGGAAUGAAAAACUCUGUCUUUGAGGCAACAGAUUUUGGAAACUUGGAUCAAAUUGCACAUGAAAUUCUUGAUAGCUCUUGCGUUGAAAUUUGUCGGCGAGUCCCAGCGUUGUUUGCAUCAAUGAAAGUUUUAAUGUUCAUAUUUAUGGUAAAGGAUUUGAAAGAAAUGGCGAUAUUUCACGAACUAGGUGCAAUUUUUGGUCAGAUGGAAAUGGAGUUUGUAAUGAUCAAGCCGACGAAUGCCAGAGACGAUUUUUUAAUGUGCGAAUCUCCAGAGAAUUUCUUCUUUGAGACUGAGAAAACAAUCACAGUACAAGUAUCUUUGAACGAAGGAAUUAGUUUUAUUUCAAGCAAUAUCACAAUAUCAGCUUAUAAAUGUGCAUUUGGAACUACAUACUUAUGGCUUGCAAUUCUCUUUCUCUUACUGUUGUUCUGGAUUGGAAUAUGGUGGCUGUGGAAUUUUAUUACGUGUAAGAAGACAAAGGCAUCGCCCCAACCAACACGACCACCGCCGCCGCCACCUCCUACUGCUGUUGUAACAGAGUCUACCGAACCGAAGCAGUGGCCAGCAGUUGAUGCGUCAUAUUAUGGAGCUGCUGGUGCAGGAGGAAUUAAACCAUUGCCUGUGAGAUGGGGAGAUAAGGGUUGCACCGAAGCUGCAGCACAUUUGGAGCGAACUAAGGAUGCCAAAGAUAUCAUUAGGAAUACGGAAGCAGAUGAGGAUGAAAAUGCAAAUCCUGUUUCAGAUUCACAAUCGAGUGAUUCUCUCUGUGUCAAAGUAUCUGGUGUGUUGGGGCCAUUUAUAAAGUGCUAUCAAUGGAUUGCAAGCAAGCGCCCCACAAGCAAUGAAGUGGAAAACUGCAUGUGUGUCAGAAAAUCAUAACGUGGAAUCUGUUCAACUGUGAAGUUUUUUGUUUUUGAAAGCACUGCUCAACCCUGAAGCGCAAUUUUCUGCAUGUAAAGAAACAAUUUUAUAGUGUAUCACAAUGUUUUUGUUCACCAUAUUUGUAUUUUUAUUGCUGAUGAAAUUACAUCCACCAAGGGGCGAAUAAAAAAAAGCAUUCAACCUCAUAUGUUAUGCUUGUUCGUAAGACUCAUUCCUAUCGAACCUAAACUUCCCUUGUGGAAUUUGUUAAAAAGAAUUCGACAUCCAAUGCAAUAUAAAUAGAUUGAAAAAUUUUAAUUGAGGAUUGGAAGCAAAAUUACAACAACUUAACUUUUAUGAAAUUCGAGCUGGUCUUGAAAACAGGCAAAUUACACGAAAUCUAAAUAUUACAAUUGGAAGCUUCAUUGAUCAUUUUUUUAAACAAAUGAAAAAUUGAAGUGUAAUUUUUUCUUAUUGUAUUACAUUUUGGAAAGUUCACUUAAAUAUCAUUUAUCAUUAUUGUAAUCGUUUUUUCAUUAUUCUUUUCCAUCAGUUUUUGUCAGGAACUUUAUGUUAAUAAAUUAUAAUAAUUA